AUGGAUCAGCUAUUAGAAAACUUGCAAGGCAUAUUGACGGUUGGAACCGAUGGAGAUACUGAGCAUGCAUUGCACAACAAGACUAUCAAUACAGUGAUAGUAGAUAACCUUUCAGUAUAUUAUUGGGAUUUGAAGUUGUUGAACAGCGAUCCAAAAUACCAUGAACAGCUCGGAUACACAACCAAGACGUCGGGACAUGAAUACUACAUCAAAUUGAUAUCUAUAUUACAAGAAAUUCGGAUGAAAUACAAAUGUAAUAUCAUCACAUCAUCGUGGAACAAUUCAUUUGAGAAAGGUCAUAAUUAUAGUGGUGCCACCGACUGUGAAGUAACCGAUUUGGACUCCGUUACCUUCCUACCCCAAAGAUAUCUCAUGGAAUUUGACUAUCUCAUACAUAAAUCCAGUAGCUCCGACGUGAAAAGUAGAAUCUAUAAUAAACUGGCUGGCCAGUGGAUUGGAAUCGCUUAG